UAAUAUUUGCAUUCCGCUACCCUAUUGCGCCCGGCUAUGCACUUGCACUAUUCCGCCACUAGGUGUCUCCCUUCCCCAGACGUUCGGUGUCCUCACAUUUUCCUGCCUGCGACGUGAUCCCUUUCUCAAUGAAAAGCCGUCUCUAGGCUGCAAUGACAGUUUCAUCCCCAAAGCAACAGCAAACGGUGAGCGAUCGAUCCCACCUCCAGCCGGCCAAGCCAACCCUACCUGGGCCGACCUGUCCCCACCUGAGCCAGUGCCAAGCCGGCAGUAUGUGCCCCUAACGCUGCAGCGGAGGAUCUCCCGGGGGGCCGGCAACCUGACUGCCAAUGAGUCGCAACGUUCCGGAGCUGUGACCCAGAGGGGUUGGAUCCCCUGGGGUAGAUGUGCGAUCCCCCCACUGAUGGCUCCGGCGGGGACUGUGGGAGAUGAGGGGCGGUGCAUUGGGUGCAUAGGCAGAGGCUGGCAGGGGUGCCCGACAGCUGCAAUGCCAUGGGCAAGGUGGGCAUCGCUGCUCCUCUUUGUGGCUGUGAUGGCAGCUCUGCAGAUGCCCGUACGGGCCAUGGAAGAUUCGACACAGCAACCAGACCAAAGUAUGGCUCCAACGGAAUCACCCACGUGGACUUCACAAGGAACGAAGUCUUCCUUUACAGACAGUGGUGUUCUUGAUACAAUAGGAAAAGUGCUGGAGAACAGCACCUUGUACAAUAUAUUUUUAUUGCUAUCCAGCAAGAAUACAAAGAACUAUAUCACCCCAGCCUCAGUUGUGCAGGAAAAUGUAUCUGUGCUAUCGGGGGAGUAUAAUUCUUCUGUUGAACUGUCAACAGUGUCUACAUCUCAAUUUUCUGAUCAAGGAGACACUAACUCAGUCCUCUCUACGGUACCUACUGGUGAAUCAUCAGCAGUUUCAUUAACAGAACACGUAACAAGGAAGUCAAGUUCUACAUCAACAGUUUCAACCUCGCAAAUGUCUUCAGUGCAUGAAACGCCCAAGGUCUCCACAACUAAUAUGUUCAACUCGACAACACUGCAGUCCACUGAAGGCUCAGCGCCAACUACAACGACACCCACUACGACAGUAUUACCUGAAAAGUCCUCAACUGCACAAAAAAGCACACUUACACCAACCUCUGUUUUUCUACCAACCAAGAUAUCAGAUACAACCAUAACCCCUCUCAUAGCUACAACACAUACAUCUACUACAGUGAGGACUGCGUCUCCAGCUUCUAAUGCCACCAGUGUGUCUGUAACCAAACCAGCCGCUGUACCAACCAUUAAAUCAGAACUAACAUCUGCGACAAUAACGACACAGUCAGUGACUCCCAGUCCAUCACUAAUAAGUACAUUUGAACCCAGCACAGUUCCAACAACUCCUUUAGCUUUGGAGUGCAAAUUGUCUCCACAAAGCAUGCUAAAAACAGUUCUUACUCUGCCGCAAUGGGUGCCAGACCAGGACAUGGAGAGUGUUGUAGAGAAUAUGAAGGUAGUCCUUAUGGAUACUCUAUAUCAAGCUUUAAAGUUGCCCAUUCAAGUACUUGUAAACCAGUCUUCAAUCAUGAUAGCCACAGACCAGAAGUUCAAGAAUGUGACCGUUGGAUAUUUUGUUCUGGUGAACGUUUCGGUUUACAUCCCUUCGACUAUCACGGACAUUAUUGCGGCCAGUUCUAGUUACGUAGCCAACCUGAUGCUUCAGAUACCAAAUCUUCUCUCCGUGCCUGUCCCGGCUGCACCGUGGGACCCAGUGCCGGAUUACAUCUACAGGUUAAAGACAGUGCUGAAGUUAAUGACGACUGCAGGAAGCAUCUACACGUGCAGCUAUGUGCAGGGCAUGGAGCAGAGGCUACAGGUUGCCUAUGACAAAGCAGAAGUGCUAACAACCUACAGAAGCAGCAACCUCACCGUACAGAUCUUAAGCACUUCCCAAACUGGGCAGUUUCUUACAUUGAUCUAUGUUGUGAAGAACGGCAGCUUCUUCUUGAAUGGCACAACGUCCAGCAGCCUCCUCAAUGCUCUCUCGGGAGAGGUGGUCGGCUAUUAUCUCGGGGACCCCCCCUCAAUCAUUGCAGAACCUUUGUAUUAUCCUAGUAUUGACAUCUCGGAUUCCACCAGAGAUUACUGGGUGAAUACAGUAAUAGUCGGAGUGGCCAGUGAUUUCUUGGGGAUAAACAACCAGAGUUUUGCCAGGCUGAUGGAGGGACGAUUGGCCCAGCUCUUUCAGAAUUCUGGCCAACAAAGCAGAAGAUUUAAGAGAGCAACAACUGUUGGGAGCUACACUGUUCAGAUGGUGCAAAUGCAGCGGGUGGAUGGUUCCAACAACCCGGCGGAGUUGACCUACUAUGCAGAGUACAAUAAAAUUCCCAUAUUGGGUACUGUGGCAGCCAAGCAGCUCAGCACCAUUGAUCCGCAAACCAUGGCCCUGACCCUGGGCUACAUUGUACGAGUGCAGGCAGACCCUGUGGUAAAAAACCCCCCAAACAAUCUGUGGAUUAUUGCUGCAGUGUUGGCCCCCAUUGCAGUCGUUACCGUGAUAAUCAUUAUAAUCACUGCAGUUCUCUGUCGGAAGAACAAAAGUGACUUUAAAUCGGACAACAUGAGCAACGUUCCCCCUCGGACUAAGCCAGUCCAAGGAUUUGACUAUGCCAAGCAGCAUCUUGGGCAACAAGGAGGGGACGAGGAGGCGCUUCCGGUCACCCAAGAGACUGUAGUGCCCUCACUCAAUCUGUCUCAGGAAAGAGACAGCACGCAGGAUGGCAGCACCGAGAAAAUGCUCAAGUCAGAAAACAGAAAAAGCCGGUCGCCUUGUGAGAACGGUUCCGUCAUCAGCAACGAAUCGGAAGAGGCCAGCUCAGACAGGAGCACGCCGCAGAAAGCGUUGCCUCAGCUCCGAUUGACAAAGGAAGAGGCGUGCAAGCGGAACGGUUUAACCAAACAAAAGCGCAAGAUUGUGCCUGUAAGUGAUGAAGAAGAGGGGAACAUGCACUUUGACAAAAACACCAAGAUGAUGGUUGAUCCGUUUGAUUCAUCAUCCGGCUCAGUCCAGCUCAUUUCCAUCAAACCAAUGACAGUCCCUCCUUCUCACCUUGUGUCAGAGAGAAAUCAGGAAUUGGCUGCUAUCAAUGGAGAGGUCAACAAAGCUCUGAAACAGAAGUCAGACAUAGAGCACUAUCGUAACAAACUGCGGCUCAAAGCCAAGCGAAAGGGCUACUAUGACUUCCCACCCAUUCUGGAUAGCAGGUCUCUUACAGAGAGGAAGAAAAAAAUAUACGAGAAGACUCAGUUGGAGAUAGAUAAUGUGCUGGAUGCAGAUACGGACACUUCGUCUCCAUUUGCAGAACCAAAAAACAGGCAACCGUCAAUAAAGAACCACCCAUACCGAAGUAGGCAGUCGCUCAACAGCCCAAGCCCUGGGGAAACUGAAAUGGAUCUUCUUGUGACUCGUGAAAGACCACGGCGUGGGAUCCGUAACAGUGGCUAUGAUACGGAACCAGAAAUGAUUGAGGAGACAAAUAUAGACAGGGUCAAGCAAGCCAGAACUUUUAUCAAGUCACGUCAGGGCAAGGGCCAUUCAGAAACAUCCACCCUGAGCUCCCAGCCGUCCAUCGAUGAAGUCAGGCAGCAGAUGCACAUGUUGUUGGAAGAAGCUUUUAGCCUAGCGUCUGCUGGCCACGGAGCUCCAAAGAGACAACAGGAUCCUUAUGCGUCAGCGCAGCACUUGCCAUAUUCUGAAGUUGUGACCAGUGCCCCUGGCACCAUGUCCAGGCCUCGGGUGCAGUGGGUGCCAACGUACGGACCUGAAAUGUACCAGUAUAGCCUUCCCAGGCCGACUUACCGGUUCUCUCAGCUUCCAGAAAUGGUAAUGGGUUCACCCCCACCUCCCAUUCCUCCUAGGACAGGUCCUGUUGCAGUCACCUCUUUACAGAGGUCUGCAGCCGAUACGGCGAACAAGAGUUCUCGAGUAGCGGAACCAAGUGGCAGCGAGCAGGGUCCAGGUGAGCAUGGGGGUUUUCCUCCAGUUUCAAGGGCGCCGGUGACUGUGGCCCAAGCGGAUCAGUCAGUAUCAAAUUACACAGGUAACUCAGUACCAGCAGUAUUUGCUAUUCCUGGAAACCGAUCAGGAUAUUCCGGUUACUACAUUCCACAGCCUCCCUCUUCGUACAGAAACCAAGCGUGGAUGUCCUAUUCAGGAGACAACGAGCUGCCGGGACAAUGGGCUGAUUCAGUUCCCCUCCCAGGAUACAUUGAAGCCUACCCAAGGUCUAGAUUUCCACAGAACUCUCCCUCCCGACUCCCCAGACAGUUUAACCAGUCAGUGAAUGUACAUACAAGCCUUGAGCACACCGCCGGGCCGUCUAUCGGAGCCUCUCAGCAAAGCCUGGCCGACACAGACACCCCGGACACCUCCAUCACCAACCUUUCCACCGCAGCUCUGGUUAAAGCCAUACGGGAAGAAGUAGCCAAACUGGCCAAAAAACAAACUGACAUGUUCGAGUUCCAGGUGUAAGGAGCGCGCACCGUACAUUCUAACAGUGUCAAGCAGGAGCAGCGCCUCUAUGGGACGUUAUGGUAUUUGUAUUCUGUUUCUCCGAGAUGUAUAAUAAUAGAAGGAAAAUAUCAGCUAACUCAGUUAUAUGCUUUAUUUAUGUAAAAUAAAGGGGACAUAAAGUGUCAUU